GCUGCAUUCCGAGAAACAACGCCGUCUCGUGCGCUUCUCAGCAUUGCCGUGGCCCUUCAGAGAAACGCCGCGGCAGUGAGUUGCUGGCGCCGCGUGGUGCGCGUGCGUGUGUGUGUGUAUAUAUAGGACGUGUGGCGAUAGCGUGGAGCUCAGUCAUCUUUGAAGAUUUUGUUGUUGUACUACGAGCGAAAAUGUCCCUGCUUUCUUCAACCAUUUUUCUCUUCGCAUUCAUCUCGGGCAGUUACGCCGGCAUCAAAACAGGAGUGGUGGCUGCUGCUACAGGCGCAGUGACCGCAGUGACCGGAGUCACCACCGCGAUUUCGGCUGCGGGAUUCACCUCGGGCGGGAUAGCAGCGGGCUCCUACGCAGCGUCGAUGAUGGCCGCGGCUGCAACCGCUGCCGGUGGCGGUGUAGUGGCCGGGAGCACGGUGGCUGUUCUGCAGUCCAUCGGCGCCAUUGGACUUGGAGUACUGGGAACUGCAGCAACUGGUGGCAUCGGGGCAGCAGUGGGUCUUUCCCUUGUCUGGCUCGUCAAGACAGCAUGCAAAUAACCCUCGGGCAGAACCAAAUGAUGUCUUUAUCGAUACAACAUUUAUUGACUUGUCACAGUUCAACAAUCAUUCUGUAAAUGUGUAAUGGCCGGCAAUUGAUCCUACGUCAGGCCUGAGGAGGGGGGUAAGGUGUGGACGGUUCCGCGAGGGCGAGCAGUCGUGAGGGGUUUAUCAAACGAGGGCUGUGCUCGCGAUGAGAGCUUGGAGUUGGGGCUGCCGCACAGCGUUAACAAGUUACGCGUCGCGAGUGUUUAAAUACAAAAAGUUUCAGCUGGCAUGAGACUUGUCUGUGUGGGCGGUGAUUCUGUCCGGCACCGCAGACACACGGGACCCUCGUCCCGGCCACGGGCGAGGCGUUGUCGUGUCCAAUCCCCACACGCCACCCUGAAUUUUAUUAUUAUAACAAAGCUAUACAAUCUCACCACCCUAAACAAAAUGCUGGAUCGCCUUAGUAAAAACAAAUAUAGAUCAUUUAGCGGGUAUUCUCAGCAGAUCGGUGAAGGUGUGGCAAGCUGGUGCUGUCUUGGGCGGCCAGUUUAAAUUGCGAUUAAAAAUCAAAUGUUUUAAUGAUCUGCAUGUAGAAGGGGUCCACUUUCGCCGAUAAGACAUCAGCAGCAGUGUGAGGGCCGCCACGGAUUUGAAACCAUUGGGAGUUUGACAGCAGCACGAUGAUGAUGAUGAAGGGUGUCUUCACAUCUGUUGUUUCUUGUCGGGGUACCGUACAUCAGGGGCCGCACUAAAGGCCACCAGGGCCCCCAGCGGCCCCCGGGCCUUGCGAUGAAGAACGCCGAUACAAGGAGAAGGGUUUGAAGGGGGAAGUGUGCGAGAGCGGAGAGGCAUUGGAGAGAGGGCAGAGUUAGGGGAGUCAUCGCGUAGAUAACGGAGAAGGACGUGACAGCCAGAAGGGUGGGAAUUAAUACCCGAUCGUGUCUGUUGAAUGUUAAGUGUUGUUUGCUCGAAUAUCGGUGGCCAUAUCACGCUGGGAUUACACGUUGAGCUAAUAGCCCAGUUGCUAAAGUUGGAGCGGGGAGUUGUGAGUGAUGAUUGAGAGUGGCGGUAUCUGCAUCAGAGAGGAGUUUUCAGUCACCUCCAACGAAAAUUUGUACCCUCAUAUAAGCAAUGAAAAAUAAAAUGAAACGCUCUUAACUGAAGCGUGUAUUCCA